AAAAUUGCCCAUUUUCUUCCUUUUCCACUGUUCCCUAAAAAUUUUCUCUCAAGUUCCCAUAAAUAGUAGCAGAAGCAUAUCACGUAGGUGAUAUGCCUCUGAUAGUAGUUGUAAGGUACCACCACGUGGAGAUUUACUACUGGUUGUUCCAUUUGUUGUAGGCAGGUUGUAGGUCACCGUCACGGGGAAAGUUAUAACCGAGGAGGCCUGAGUAGAGCCUGAGGAGGCGAAAACAAAAUGGCGGCUGGCGGGAAUGUUGAAGUCGUUUGGAGCAACCUAAUCAGCUACCUGGCGCCCGAGUCUUCCCAAGUACUUGGAACUUCAAAUUCUUUGGAACAGUUUAGGCAAAACCCAGUUGUUUUCGCUCGAUUACGAGAGUGGUUCCUGGAAAAAUGUCAGAAAGAUUUGAAAGAAAAAUUUUGUCCACAAUUUUGGUCAAAUGUCCAGCACAGUGAGGUUGAAGGUAAAGGAUUCAAGACCCUGCUCAAUGCAGUAAGUAAUCUUCAUAGAGGUUUAUCAGCUUACAAGCCAUUUGUGGAACUACUUCAGUCAUUAUCAGGAACAUUACCAUUAAGGAAUCUCAAUUUGCAAUUUGAGGGACUUCUAAAGGCAGUUAUCUUUUGUGAUAUACCUGAACAGUUCAAACAUAUGGUGCACGCCUUCUAUAGUCAAGCAUUUCAAGCAUAUCAGUCAAUAAACAGGAAAGAAAGUGGAAAAAUGGAUACAUCAGGUACAUCUUCAACCGGUAUUGAAGAUGACGAUGAAGGGGAAGAAGAUGAUGUGGAAUCAUUAACUUGUGUUGGUUGUGCAGAAGAGAAGGACUGUUGUCAUUGUGCAAAGAUCAUUGAAGGAUUUUCACAACUCAAUUCACAGCUUCAUUCUCUCGGAUUGAUGAAAAAAGUUGCUGAACCAGCUUUCCUGUCAGUUAUUCACAGUGAGGUAAAUUCAUGGUAUUUAUAUAUAGACACUAACACUUUGGAUGCACCAUAUGUCUGUGAUGGUCACUGUUUGGAGUUAAUUUAGUCAAUUCACAGGACAUAAAUAAAUACACAAAUAUACCCUGAGCCUUUUUAGUAGUCCAUAAUGAUGUGUUACGGUGUAUCAGAGCUCAAAAUAAACUUGAAUUUCAGCUUGCCCUUUGGACAAGCAGCUCUCAAAUUGUGCUUGCCCUGGGCAAGUCUUGGUGUGCUCUUUUUUCUUAAGUUGCCAGACAACUUGCCCAUCGGGCAAGUGAGAAUGAAAAGUUGCUUGUCUGGCGGGAAAGACAACCAGACAGCACUUUUUUUUGAGCCCUGGUGUAUUACA